AUGGCCGAGCACGAUGACGAAGAGGCGGCAGCUCAGAAGGAAGAGCGCCUCAAAUCCGCCCUCUGGUAUAGCAUCGGCCAGUUCGUCGACAACCAAUGCCAACUCAAAGACCACAAUGCGACGCCUCAGUUUAUCGGCGCGCUGACCGAGCUGGUCUGGACGCAGAUUGGUAAAGCCAAACUCCUCGAAUCCACGAGAAACUCAACCAUCCAAAAAGAAAAAACGAAGCCUUUCAUCUCACCGCCAUCCUAA